CAUCCGUUUGUUUGUUUAUCUGCGAAAUGUCUCUUUGGACAAUAUAUUUUACUCACACUCACUUUAUGAAUAUAGUAAGGCAUUAUGACACUACAAUAAAGCAAAUCCAGCUAUUAAGUGUGAUGAUAUGGGAAACAAUCCCAUUCAAAAACGCACUUUUACUGCUGCAAAUGUGUCUGUUUGAUAAACUACUCACCAAAUUCUUCUGACAUGAAUGCAAUUGAGUGACGUGUGCAGUGUGGAAAUGGAAGCAGUCCUGUCAGCCCUGCCAUGGGUACCAGUUAGUAUCGGUGGUUUUGAUUUGCUGGCCAAAGCCUGGUUCGGUGACACACAGUAUUGGGUUCUGCUAAGUGAUCUGAGCAGUGUGUGGGAAGAGGAGAUGAAUGCGGAGGACAUCCAGAGUCGAGCACAGGAUCUGAAUAAGCGUCUCAGGGCUCCCACACAGGCUUUUUUCACUCAUCUGUGCUCAGUAGCACGGCCUUGCUACUCCAGUCAAGAUGAUGAACAGACAUCUGCUGCACACAUGUCCCUUGAACGUCACGGUGACAAUUUAACAAUCAGACUUAAAAGUGAGCUGGCCGGUUUGCCCUUCUACUGGGAGUUCCGCUGCACUCCAACACCUGUAGCCAUGGUGUGCAGGCAGCUGGUGCGCCCCCUCCUGGCAGCGAGCAGAGUUUUGCAGCGGCAAGUGGAGGAUUUGGCCGCUCUUCUGAUUAGGAAGGACGCAGAGAUACAGGACUAUCAGGACAACGGAGCUGUGCUCAGUAGAGCCAGACUGCAAACGGAGCCAUUUGAGGUGCACAGAUACAGGGAAUACUUCUUCACACAGACUAUUCCACAGAUGGGUGUGCUGCUGGACAGUUUGGAUUUUGACUCAGAGUUACAGGCCCUGUAUGUGGCCGUGAGCUCGGGGAACACUGCACAGAAACGUAAACACUCUCCUGGCAGCAGCCCCACUGCCGAGGACAACCACUUCCCUGAUCAUCAACAAACCAGUGAUGUUCCCAAAGGUGUGGGGUCUUCAUUGGCUUCUCAAGAACAAAUUGAUGUCAAAGGACCAUCAGGAAGAACUCCGAAAGCUGACAGUGAACAGACUGUCCCUCUAAUAUCAACUGCUGCUGCUGGUUCUGAGGAACGUUCCACCUCUCGGCCGAAGAAGAAGAAAGCUAGGGGGCUCUUCCGGUGACUAAUCACACCUCUCAUGCCAGAUUACUACAAAUCAUGUACACAUAUAUUUUCUGAAUGCUUUAUAAACAUACUUAUUUUUAUUCUUUUAAUGUUGGAUUUUAGUUGUUUAUAAAUGUUAUAAAUGGUUUUUAUUCUGUAUGACUUUUUUUUUAUUUGUGUGUCUCGAUAAUAAUUAA